ACCUUGUGAUUUUGUAAUGGCGGCCAGGGUAAUCAUGAAGCUGCCGGCUAGUUCAUCUCUCACGCGGCCGAGCGCUCGCCGCUCCUCCGGCGGCCGGCCAUUCAGCCUACCGUGCCAAGCUAAUUCCAGGCAGGCUCUGCCGAGAGUCCACGUCGACCAUGUGGGGUGCUACCGACAUGACCAAGCAGAGCUCACCGGCAUGCCAUGGAUAGAGUUGGGAUUAGUAAAUGGCAAGGUUGAGAGGGAGCCAAGAGUGGCUAGAAAAAAGCAGCAGCUACAACCACACGAACCAGAGACAAGGUACGAGAGGACAGUACAUGGGCAACUUUCCAUGGUUGAUGUGCUCGAAAAGAUUGGAAUAUCUCGACAUUUUGCUGCCGAGACGAAGAGUAUCCUGGAUGAAAUAUACAGUUGUUGGUCACGGCGAGACGAAAAGAUUAUGCUAGACCUGGAGGCAUGUGCCAUGGCAUUUCGCAUCCUACGAAUGAACGGCUACGAUGUCUCUUCUGAUGUCAUGUCUCACGUUGCUCAAGCCACUGUUGAUUUGAAUCUGAAUGACACAAGGUCUUUAUUAGAACUAUACAAGGCUUCACAAGUCAGCAUCUCUGAAGAUGAGUUGAUUCUGGAUAAUAUAAGAUUGUGGUCAAAUCGCCUAUUGAAGGAACAACUGAGCUCUAGUGCGGCACCAAGAACUACACUCCUUUCAGAGGUAGAACAUGCUCUUAAUAACCCCUUCUACACCACAUUGGAUCGUCUAGAGCAUAAGAGGACCAUCGAGCGAUUUGGUGUUAUGGAGCAUCAGAAGCUAUACUCGCAUCGGCAGACAAAUCAAGAUCUUCUGGGUUUGGGCGUCGUGGAUUUCAGUACAAGUCAAUCUGUUUACCAACAUGAACUUCAACAUCUUGAUAGUUGCAGUUGGGUGAAAGAGAGUAGUUUGGACCGGUUACCUUUCGCACGACAAAAGGUGGCAUAUUUCUACCUCUCUGCUGCUGGCACCAUGUUCCUCCCAGAGCUAUCUGAUGCUCGCCUUAUAUGGGCUAAGAAUGGUGCACUCACGACUGUCGUUGAUGACUUCUUCGACUUCGGGGGUUCACAAGAAGAAUUGGAGAACCUCACUGCAUUAGUUGAGAUGUGGGACAAGCACAAGGAAAUAGAGUACUACUCUGAGCAUGUCGAAAUCGUGUUCUCUGCGAUCUACAACUCAGUGAACGAAGUUGGAUUGAAGGCUUCUAGAGUGCAAGGCCGCGAUGUCUCUCGUCACCUAAUAGAAAUAUGGCAGGAUUUGCUACGGAAUAUGAUGGCCGAGGUGGGGUGGAGGGAGACAGGAUAUGUGCCGACACCAGAGGAGUACAUGGAGAACGCUGUUAUCUCAUUCGCGUUGGGUCCGGUCGUGCUCCCAGCGUUGUACUUCGUUGGGCCAAAGAUCACAGAGUCUGUUGUCAGAGACCGAGAGUACAUCGAGUUGUUUCGGCUCAUGAGCACAUGCGGCCGUCUACUGAAUGAUGUCCAAACAUAUGAGAGGGAGUACAGGGAGGGCAAACUGAACAGUGUCUCGCUGCUGGUUCUUCAGAGUGGUGGUUCUAUGACCAUAUCAGAUGCUAGGAAGGAGCUGCAGAGGCCCAUUGACAAGUGCAGGAGAGACCUGCUGAGGAUGGUCCUGAGGGAGGACAGUGUCGUGCCCACGCCUUGCAAGAAGCUGUUCUGGAAUAUGUGCAAGACGUGUCACUUCUUCUACUUCCGGGGCGACGCCUUCAGCUCGCCAAAGGAGAAGGCCGGAGCGGUGGAUGCGGUGAUCCACGAGCCGCUCCGAGUCCCGGGGAAUCUAUUAUUCGACCUGUCUGAUUUUCGAGUAGAACAUGCUCUUAAUAACCCCUUCUACACCACAUUGGAUCGUCUAGAGCAUAAGAGAAACAUCGAGCUAAUUCCAGCAUGGAGGCUCCACUCAAAGAGUACUGUAUUAGAGAGGCAUUGGGCACUUACGAAUACGAUUGCCUUGACGUUUGUGUUGCCGACGGGGAAUUCAAUCUCCCCCUCGUCCUUGAUUCUAAGAAUGACGCUAAGGAUGUCAUCAUCUUCGGUCAUUCCCGCCGUCUUCCUCUUCAGUCGCCGCGACUCGCACUGGGCGAUGAUGGUGUCGAAGACGGCGUCCAUCUGCCGAUGCGUUCGCCAGAGCCGGCGUCUCAUCCCGGAAACGACGUCCACGAACCAGAGAGAGGGGAAGAGGUCGCCGACGCAGAAUCCCAGGCCUAGGCUCACCGCGACCUCCAUCGCGGACAGGAACUGCUGCCGGAGCUCGGGGCUGCAGACCUCGCCGAAGGCCGCCUUGGCGGUGAUGGAGUUCGAGCAUGACAGGAGCACGCUGGGGAGAUUGACCGGCAUGCCUCUUUCACUGGCGGCGGCGACCUCUCGAACUAAGGACAGAGUCUCGCUGUCCCUAAUGGGCGCGAACUGCCUCACCUUUCUCGCGCUGAGGAGCUCCAUGCGUGCAGAGCUUGCGCAGCGUCCUCCAGUAGGCUCCGUAGAACAUGCUCUUAAUAACCCCUUCUACACCACAUUGGAUCGUCUAGAGCAUAAGAGGACCAUCGAGCGAUUUGGUGUUAUGGAGCAUCAGAAGCUAUACUCGCAUCGGCAGACAAAUCAAAAUCUUCUGGGUUUGGGCAUCGUGGAUUUCAGUACAAGUCAAUCUGUUUACCAACAUGAACUUCAACAUCUUGAUAGUUGGGUGAAAGAGAGUAGGUUGGACCGGCUACCUUUCGCACGACAAAAGGUGGCAUAUUUCUACCUCUCUGCUGCUGGCACCAUGUUCCUCCCAGAGCUAUCUGAUGCUCGCAUUAUAUGGGCUAAGAAUGGUGCACUCACGACUGUCGUUGAUGACUUCUUCGACGUCGGGGGUUCACAAGAAGAAUUGGAGAACCUCACUGCAUUAGUUGAGAUGUGGGACAAGCACAAGGAAAUAGAGUACUACUCUGAGCAUGUCGAAAUCGUGUUCUCUGCGAUCUACAACUCAGUGAACGAAGUUGGAUUGAAGGCUUCUAGAGUGCAAGGCCGCGAUGUCUCUCGUCAUCUAAUAGAAAUAUGGCAGGAUUUGCUACGGAAUAUGAUGGCCGAGGUGGAGUGGAGGGAGACAGGAUAUGUGCCGACACCAGAGGAGUACAUGGAGAACGCUGUUAUCUCAUUCGCGUUGGGUCCGGUUGUGCUCCCAGCGUUGUACUUCGUUGGGCCAAAGAUCACAGAGUCUGUUGUCAGAGACCGAGAGUACAUCGAGUUGUUUCGGCUCAUGAGCACAUGCGGCCGUCUACUGAAUGAUGUCCAAACAUAUGAGAGGGAGUACAGGGAGGGCAAACUGAACAGUGUCUCGCUGCUGGUUCUUCAGAGUGGUGGUUCUAUGACCAUAUCAGAUGCUAGGAAGGAGCUGCAGAGGCCCAUUGACAAGUGCAGGAGAGACCUGCUGAGGAUGGUCCUGAGGGAGGACAGUGUCGUGCCCACGCCUUGCAAGAAGCUGUUCUGGAAUAUGUGCAAGACGUGUCACUUCUUCUACUUCCGGGGCGACGCCUUCAGCUCGCCAAAGGAGAAGGCCGGAGCGGUGGAUGCGGUGAUCCACGAGCCGCUCCGAGUCCCGGGGAAUCUAUUAUUCGACCUGUCUGAUUUUCGAACCUGAAGCAUGUCUGUUUUCCGGCGUGGCAGCGGCCCGGGUUGUCUCCGGUUCCUUUGCAUGGUCUGUUUUGGUUCUGCACAUCCGGUGCUUUGCUCCGUGGAUAGAUAUGGUGCCGAGUAGUGCAUUCCUCUGAAUGUUUACGAGCUAGCGGCUUGGUGUUCGUUAGAUGUUGUCUACUCUGCUCCUCUUGUUUAGCUUAGCUUUCUCUGAUCUGCUCCGCUUUUGUAGGAUGGUUUUACUCACCAGUCACCACCAUAUUUUUUUUCUCGAAAUGGGGAAAAUAUCACCCUAGCUUCUGCAUUCAAGAAA